GGCGUGCUCGAGCUGUCGAAAGCAGCUAGUCGAGGUGCGCCAUUGUUCGAGGGAAGGGGGAUUGUUGGGGGUUCCGACAAAAUCCGCCGUUUCAUGCGGCUGGUGAAGAUAUAGGCCUCAUUCCCCGAUAUCAAACAAAUAUGACGAUCAUAUUAUUUCUUCUUGACACUAGUGCGUCGAUGAAUCAACGCACGUACAUGGGAACAGCCCUUAUCGAUGUCGCUAAAGCAGCAGUUGAGACAUUUAUGAAGAUAAGAUCCCGCGAUCCGAAUAGCCGAUGGGACCGAUACAUGCUACUGACAUUUGAAGAUCCUCCUGCUAAUGUUAAGGCGGGGUGGAAAGAGAGCCAUGCUACAUUCAUAUCUGAGUUGAAGAAUCUGAAGGCUGGAGAUUUGUCCACACUCGGCCCUGCCCUGAAGAAUGCGUUUGACCUGCUCAACAUCAACCGCAUGCAGUCGGGGAUUGACACAUACGGACAGGGGCGGAGUCCAUUCUUCUUGGAGCCAGCUGUGAUUAUCGUGAUUACUGAUGGCGGCUACCUCACAACCAUGAACGGCGUGCAAGCUGAGUUGAACCUGCCCAUGAAUAACAAUGUUCCUGGCACCGAGUUGACAAAGGAACCAUUUCGGUGGGACCAAAGAAUAUUCAGCAUUGUUCUCAGAAUGCCUGGCAGUGUGCCGCCAGAAAAUGCCUUCCCGUUUAUCCUGCCCGCGGAGUCCCACCCUAUAGACGCCAUGUGUGACGUGACAGGAGGUCGGUCGUAUGCUGUCUUCACUCAGAAGAUGUUGAAUGGAGCUCUAGAAUCUCUGGUGCAGAAAGUGCAAAGUGGAGUGGUGAUAAACUUUGAAAAAAUUGGAAACGACCCACCACCUUUAAUCACCGAGGGUGUUAAAGCAGACGGCAGCUCAGAACUAAAUGGGACUCUGAAAGGCCCGGCGCUCACUGAGAAUCAAGACGCCAACAAGAUCAUCUCUGACCGUGAGAAUGGCAAUGAAGAUAAGAAACAGUUGAACUUGCAGCAAUCUCAGCUGAAUGCAGCAUGGCACAACUGCCGCAAGCUCAUCUACGUCCCGCGAUCAGCGCAGAAGGGGUACUCCGUCGGACACUGGCCGAUCCCUGAGGCUUACUGGCCUGACGUCAGUAGUCCGCAGUUGCCUCCGCGGUCAGCCCACCCUGUGUUGCGAUUCUCCUGCUCUCCGUGUGAUCCCAUGGUCAUCGAGAACCUACCCUUCGACAAGUACGAGCUGGAACCAUCGCCGCUCACUCAGUACAUCCUAGAGAGACGACAGCCAAACUCCUGCUGGCAGGUGUUUAUAGGUAACAGUGCUAAGUACAGUGAUAUAUGUCAUCCGUUCGGCUACCUGAAGGCCAGUAGCGUGCUGAGCUGUGUCAACCUGUUCGUGAUGCCGUACAACUACCCCAUCUUGCUGCCUCUGCUGGAGGAGCUGUUUAAAGUCCACAAAUUAAAACCAACACCAAAAUGGAGGCAACAGUUUGAGAACUACCUCAAGACUAUGCCUGGUUACUAUGCUGGGCCGUUACGCCGGGCGAUGGCCAGGAUGGGUGCGGCGAACCUCGUCCCUGACAACAUGGACAACUGCCUCAGCUACAGCGUCAUCACCUACCUCAAGAAACUUAAAAACCAGGCCAAGAUAGAAAUGGACAGGCUGAUCGCCUCAGUGGGUCAGAAGCCGCAACACAAUGAAGGAAUCAAAGUCAGCUCCAGGAGUCAGACGUCAGUGCUACAGAGGAAGGACUUCAACCAGUUGAUGCAGAACCUGGGAGGCAACAUGGCGUGGCUGAAGCAGGACCUACAGGAGUACACCACGUUCAGCAUCGCCGUGCCCGACCGGGGCAUCAAACCUCAGUUCUACAGGAACCCAUACGAUAUUCCAAGGAAAAGUCUGCUUGAUCAGGUGACGCGGAUGAGAACAAACUUCCUUCAGUCUUCCUACACCAACACAAAACUCUGUGAUGAAGACAAUCUACACAGUGUGCCAGUCGGCCAGAUGGGGAACUAUCAGGAGUAUCUCAAGAGGCAGCCCCCCGCCCUGCGAGAGCUGGAGAGUUCGCCUGUCAGAUUACACAUGUUUGGAAAUCCAUUUAAAGUCAAUAAAUCAAACCAGAACACUUUCAUGGUGGAUGAGGCAGAAGAAGCCAUGUUCGGGACUCAGACACGAAACAAGCGGUCGUCCGAGAGCCCACCUCCAUCACCCGGGCCCAAGAAGAGAAAGGCGGGCCCGUUGCCACGAGAACUGUCGGUCCGGCAACUGAUAACCCCACCACCAUCACCGGUCCCGGAUAGCCCGGAAGAAGAGAAAAUGGAGACGGAUGAAACACAGGAACAAAUGCUGGAAGACCGGCCCCUGCAGAUAGUGCUUGAUAGUGAUGAUGGUUCCCCAGAGAAAGUCAAAAGUGCUGAAAAAACAAACAAUCAUGUGGGUGAAGACCACAAUCAUUCGAAUAAUGUGGACGCUAAAGUGACGAACAAUAUCGAUCAUGGAAACAAGAUUGGAAAUUCCCGGCGAGAAGCCGCUGUGUGCAGUCAUAACUCCAAGCUCCGUAUCUCCCUGGUGAGGGAGGUCAAACGGCCAGGGAAAAAUUACGAUGGUAUAUUUUCUCUGCUGAACACAAUACAGGGAGGGCUGGAUGCUCGGUGCUCGUUAGUCAGGGACGUGAUUCACGAAGCGGCAAGAUUUAAGAAGAAAGUGCUAAUCAAGAUGUUGGAACAGUUUGUGGACACCAUGGUGCAAGGCGAACCAAAGAGGGAGAGAAUGAACUCGUUAUCUGUACCUCAUGCAAGGUGACAGAUUUUGUGGUUGCCAUAGCAACAUUUACCUGUGAUAUUUUAGCAAAGACAUGCAAUUCUAGGAAUUCUUUCCCUUUAUGGAUGGAUCUCGUUACGUGAAUUUUGUGAUCGAAUGUUUUUGUGUUGUCUGCCAUCUUCAUCAUAAUCAUAAUCAAGACGGAAAUCAUCGCAAGAGGACGAUGCUUCACAGGAGGACUAAACACAUGACAAGAAGACACAUUGCUAGAUUCAGGGGUGCCCUGGAUUGGACGAAUAUGCUGGUUUCCAAGACAACUGCUUGUAAAACAUUUAUUUCUUUUCAACUGGUUAUGAGAAAUUAUGAAAUGUCAUGCUUCUCAUUUGGCUUGUGAUAAGAAUAUUUGCUAUACAAAGCUGUAAAUUUUUUGCAAACUUUCUGUGAGUUGCCGUUGUCUUGCAAGUUUGUGAUUUGCAGUUGUCUUGCAAACUUUCUGUGAUUUCAAGUUGGCACUUGUCCUAUUGAAAUAUUUCAGUUGUCGGACCCUGUGGAUUCCCCUUUGAUACAAAACAAUCAUCGCCAUUAGAACAUUGUAAAUCCCAUCAUUCAUAAACAAGAAUCACAAUUCAUCCAGCUAAAAACUUGAAUCACGACAUUAAUACGAAAGAAUUUUGCUUCUGGUAAAUCAAGCCUGCAUGAGCAUCCAAUAGGCUUCAAUAUCCAUUACAGUCAAACAGGAUCAGAUGGGUAAAAAAUGCUUGAAUCAUAUUUCACCUCGGGAUUUCUAUUUUUAAGAAAUUUUUGUGCUACAUAUCACAGCUGCAGGCUUCGCCUAAAGAAACGGGGCUAGUGGUGGCCCAGCAGUCUAAGUGAAACAAACGUAUGAUCAGGGUUCGAGUCCCAGAUGUGUCAUGAUGGUUUCUAGGUUUGUCAGCACCAUACCCGUGCUUUUGGGUUUCAGUUUUUCGUUUUUGUUUCGGAUCAUUGACCCUGGAUAUGUGUAGUCCAUGCCAACACAGCCAACGUAAAUGGUCAGAUCUAAGACCUAGAGCAUGCAGUUGGUAGGGUGUUCUCUCAUCCCACUUGAGCAAUGGGUUCAAUCCCCAUAUGGAAAUAAUUCUAUGGUAUCCCUCACUCCAAUAGUGCUUGUACCCAGUUUACGGUUUUUGUCAGUUCAAGUUUGUCGCUUUGUCAGGUACUAGUAUGAGGCUGUGUUUCAUCCACAAUCUCAUUAAUAUCUGAUUGUUUACUCCAAUUUAAUACCCGUCUAUCAAAAUGUUAUAAACCGUCACUAGGUGACAUCAGGUGGAUUUAUUAGAUCAGCUGGUUCUUCUUCAUGUAAACAGCUGCAGUUCUGCUUAUAUUGCUCACACACUCUUGGUAUGUGUGUGUGUGAAUCAUUCGGAGCAGCUUCUGAAAAUGAAUGUAAAUGAACAGUUCCAAAUGGAUAACAAUAAAGGCUGCACCGUGGCGUGGGUAUUUUAGACCCUGUUAUUUCAGUCCUACAUUCAAUGACAUAAGAAUUUCAUUUCUCCAGCACCAAAAAUUAGUAAAUUUGCUUAAAAAGCACUGUCCAAGGCCGCUAGUAUGGAAAUGAAGCCACAUUAGUUAGAAACUUUUCAUCGACUGAAAAAUCCGUCAUCAUUCAUUUUUAUUGCAUGGUCAGUUUGUUCGGGUUCACCUGAUGUGAGGGGGCCCGGGGUGGCCCGGGGUGGCCAAUUAUUCUAAAGCACAAUUCACUGUGCAGAGAUGCAUCCCUUCGGCACGCCAGAAACCUAUGAUUGUGGGUUCGAAUCCGGUUAUCCUCGAUUAUGUUUCUAGGUUUGUCAGCACCAUACCCUUGCUCGUGGGUUUCA